AUGGAACUGAAGUUCAAGGUACUUGUCAUCGGCGGCGCCUACGGCGGGCUCGGAGCUGUUACGAAUCUACUUGACCUUACCCACGGCAAGCGCCCGAGAUUUGACUCCUCCAGCGACCCCCUUGAGUCGGAGAGCAAGUUUCCAGUCGAGAUCACUGUCGUCGACGAGCGGGAUGGAUACGUGCAUCUGAUUGGAAACCCACUCGCGCUCGCAGACCGCGACUAUGCACAUAAAAUCUGGCAACGCUUCUCAGAUAUCCCCGGGCUGCGCAACGCACCCAAUCUCACCUUCAUCCAAGGCACUGUUACCUCUCUCUCUCCAUCCACGCGCACAGCGAUCAUCUCAAAGGCGUCUUCAAUACCAGGAGGCCCCGUGGAAACGGUAUCCCAGUCCUACGACUACUGCAUCGUCGCAACGGGCCUGCGCCGCGUGUGGCCGACCGUGCCUAGCGCGCACACCAAGGCCGGCUACCUCUCUGAAGCUCUAGCGCACCUCGACCGCGUCGGGUCCGCAUCUGCGAAGCAGCAUGGAGUGGUCGUCAUCGGGGGCGGCGCGGUCGGUAUUGAAAUGGCGGCUGAGCUCAAGCACGCGUCUGCGCAUCACAGCUCUGACCACGGCGCGACGCUCCCCGUGACCCUCGUCCACUCACGGGCGCGCCUCCUAUCCGCCGAACCGCUCCCCGACAAAUUCGCAGAAACCGCAGCCGAGCUACUCAAAAAGACCGGUGUCGAGCUCAAACUCGGUGCGCGCGUGCUCGAGACGACCAAGGUGUCUGAAGAGCCUGAGCUCUGGGAGCUACGUCUGUCCACGGGCGAGGUCAUGCGAGCCGCUGUGGUCAUCACCGCCAUCUCAGGACAGCACCCGACCGGACGCGAGUUCCUGCCUAAGGAAGCUGUAGAUGAAGCAGGGUAUGUACAUAUCGAUGCCAACCUUGCGAUCAAGAACUUGCCAGAGGGCCACUUCUGCGUGGGCGACACAGUGAAAUGGAGCGGUAUCAAGCGCGCUGGCGCGGCUAUGUGGAUGGGCGGUUUGGCUGCGAGAAAUAUUCACAGGAGGAUGCUGGUCGCAAGAGGUGAAAAGAAGGCAGGAGAACUUAAGGAUAGCGAGAUAGAUCCGAUACCACCUAUGAUGGCGUUGGCUGUUGGGAAUGAAGCAGUAGGGUAUAGUGAUGCUGAAGGGGUCAAGGCUGGGGCAGAUGUUAGAAAAAUGAUGUUUGGUGACGAUUUAGGAUGGGCUAUCUGUUGGAAUCACAUGAAGCUUGGAGAAGAGUUCAAGCCAUGA